CACUCCGGUCAGGAAAAGGGGUCUGGCCGCGCGCGUGCGGCUCGCGCCGGCCUUUGUCCUUCCGUCCGUCCGUCCGGAUUCUUCCCCGUCGCCUCUCGCCGGCCGGGGCCCCGCGCUCCUCCUCCGGGUCGCCCUCGGCCCCCCUCGCCCGCUCCGCGCGACGGAGCGGUUGGCGGGUCUCGCGCGCGCGUGCCCCCUCGCUCGCUCGGUCGGCCGCCCGGCCGGCCGGGGGGGGGGGGGAAGGCGUGUGCGUCCCGCCCUUUGGGGAAGCUGGGUCGUGGUGCUGCCUUGAGGGGUGGGGGUAAAGCGUUGGGUCCCCGCGGAGAGAGGGGGGGCGCACCCCCCGGCGCGUCGGCGCGCUUUCGGGCGGCUUGCGACCCGCCGGCCCUCCGCCUCGCCGGGGCCUUCGGGCCCCGGGCUGGGACGGGGAAGGAGGAGCCCGUCGGGUCGUGGCCGUGCCGUCGGCGCGCGGGCGGCGUUGGGGGGGCGGCCGCGUGGCCCCCUUUCCCAGAGGGGGAUGCGCGCGGCCGGGGGGUGGCCGGCCCGUGCGUCCCGGUCCUGCCCUUCCCCGGCGACGCGGGCCGGGGAAGGGGGGGCCGGCUGGCUCGGGUUGGCCGUCCUUGCGCCCCCCCCGUUCUUUCUUGCGGGGGACUGGGUCGACCAGCAGCCCCCUCACGCUGGCGCGGGCGCCCGCUCGCGCCCAAGUCCAGUCGUUUUGAGGUCGACCAGCACGCCCGGGGGAGGUGGCGACUUGGCGACGUGGGACUCGAGGUCGACCAGCACAACGGGGACCGCGGACCGGGAGACAGGGCGACCCGAGACGCGAGGCCGACCAGCACGCCGGGGACCGGGGGACCGGGGGACCGGGGGACCCCGGGGACCCGGGACUCGAGGCCGACCGGCACGCCGGGGGAUGAGGACCCCGAGGCUCGGCGCUCGAGGUCGACCAGCAUGCCGGGGACCCGGGGACCCGAGGUCGACCAGCACGCCGUGGACCCGAGGACCCGAGGACCCGAGGACCCGAGGCCGACCAGCACACCGCGAACCCGGGGGACCCGGCGACGUGGGACUCGGUCGACCAGCACAACGGGGACCGCGGACCGGGAGACAGGGCGACCCGAGACGCGAGGCCGACCAGCACGCCGGGGACCGGGGGACCGGGGGACCGGGGGACCGGGGGACCCCGGGGACCCGGGACUCGAGGCCGACCGGCACGCCGGGGGAUGAGGACCCCGAGGCUCGGCGCUCGAGGUCGACCAGCAUGCCGGGGACCCGGGGACCCGAGGUCGACCAGCACGCCGUGGACCCGAGGACCCGAGGUCGACCAGCACACCGAGGACCCGAGGACCCGAGGACCCGAGGACCCGAGGCCGACCAGCACACCGCGAACCCGGGGGACCCGGCGACGUGGGACUCGGUCGACCAGCACAACGGGGACCGCGGACCGGGAGACAGGGCGACCCGAGACGCGAGGCCGACCAGCACGCUGGGGACCGGGGGACCGGGGGACCCGGGGACCCGGGGACCCGGGGACCCGGGGACCCGGGGACCCGGGGACCCGAGGCCGACCGGCACGCCGGGGGAUGAGGACCCCGAGGCUCGGCGCUCGAGGUCGACCAGCAUGCCGGGGACCCGGGGACCCGAGGUCGACCAGCACGCCGUGGACCCGAGGACCCGAGGACCCGAGGACCCGAGGCCGACCAGCACACCGCGAACCCGGGGGACCCGGCGACGUGGGACUCGGUCGACCAGCACAACGGGGACCGCGGACCGGGAGACAGGGCGACCCGAGACGCGAGGCCGACCAGCACGCCGGGGACCGGGGGACCGGGGGACCGGGGGACCCGGGGACCCGGGGACCCGGGGACCCGGGGACCCGAGGCCGACCGGCACGCCGGGGGAUGAGGACCCCGAGGCUCGGCGCUCGAGGUCGACCAGCAUGCCGGGGACCCGGGGACCCGAGGUCGACCAGCACACCGAGGACCCGAGGACCCGAGGACCCGAGGACCCGAGGCCGACCAGCACACCGCGAACCCGGGGGACCCGGCGACGUGGGACUCGGUCGACCAGCACAACGGGGACCGCGGACCGGGAGACAGGGCGACCCGAGACGCGAGGCCGACCAGCACGCUGGGGACCGGGGGACCGGGGGACCGGGGGACCCGGGGACCCGGGGACCCGGGGACCCGGGGACCCGGGGACCCGAGGCCGACCGGCACGCCGGGGGAUGAGGACCCCGAGGCUCGGCGCUCGAGGUCGACCAGCAUGCCGGGGACCCGGGGACCCGAGGUCGACCAGCACGCCGUGGACCCGAGGACCCGAGGACCCGAGGACCCGAGGCCGACCAGCACACCGCGAACCCGGGGGACCCGGCGACGUGGGACUCGGUCGACCAGCACAACGGGGACCGCGGACCGGGAGACAGGGCGACCCGAGACGCGAGGCCGACCAGCACGCCGGGGACCGGGGGACCGGGGGACCGGGGGACCGGGGGACCCCGGGGACCCGGGACUCGAGGCCGACCGGCACGCCGGGGGAUGAGGACCCCGAGGCUCGGCGCUCGAGGUCGACCAGCACGCCGUGGACCCGAGGACCCGAGGACCCGAGGCCGACCAGCACACCGCGAACCCGGGGGACCCGGCGACGUGGGACUCGGUCGACCAGCACAACGGGGACCGCGGACCGGGAGACAGGGCGACCCGAGACGCGAGGCCGACCAGCACGCUGGGGACCGGGGGACCGGGGGACCGGGGGACCGGGGGACCCGGGGACCCGGGGACCCGGGGACCCGGGGACCCGGGGACCCGGGGACCCGAGGCCGACCGGCACGCCGGGGGAUGAGGACCCCGAGGCUCGGCGCUCGAGGUCGACCAGCAUGCCGGGGACCCGGGGACCCGAGGUCGACCAGCACACCGAGGACCCGAGGACCCGAGGACCCGAGGACCCGAGGCCGACCAGCACACCGCGAACCCGGGGGACCCGGCGACGUGGGACUCGGUCGACCAGCACAACGGGGACCGCGGACCGGGAGACAGGGCGACCCGAGACGCGAGGCCGACCAGCACGCUGGGGACCGGGGGACCGGGGGACCCGGGGACCCGGGGACCCGGGGACCCGGGGACCCGGGGACCCGAGGCCGACCGGCACGCCGGGGGAUGAGGACCCCGAGGCUCGGCGCUCGAGGUCGACCAGCACGCCGUGGACCCGAGGACCCGAGGACCCGAGGCCGACCAGCACACCGCGAACCCGGGGGACCCGGCGACGUGGGACUCGGUCGACCAGCACAACGGGGACCGCGGACCGGGAGACAGGGCGACCCGAGACGCGAGGCCGACCAGCACGCUGGGGACCGGGGGACCGGGGGACCGGGGGACCGGGGGACCCGGGGACCCGGGGACCCGGGGACCCGGGGACCCGGGGACCCGGGGACUCGAGGCCGACCGGCACGCCGGGGGAUGAGGACCCCGAGGCUCGGCGCUCGAGGUCGACCAGCAUGCCGGGGACCCGGGGACCCGAGGUCGACCAGCACACCGAGGACCCGAGGACCCGAGGACCCGAGGACCCGAGGCCGACCAGCACACCGCGAACCCGGGGGACCCGGCGACGUGGGACUCGGUCGACCAGCACAACGGGGACCGCGGACCGGGAGACAGGGCGACCCGAGACGCGAGGCCGACCAGCACGCUGGGGACCGGGGGACCGGGGGACCCGGGGACCCGGGGACCCGGGGACCCGGGACUCGAGGCCGACCGGCACGCCGGGGGAUGAGGACCCCGAGGCUCGGCGCUCGAGGUCGACCAGCAUGCCGGGGACCCGGGGACCCGGGGACCCGGGGACCCGGGGACCCGAGGACCCGAGGUCGACCAGCACGCCGUGGACCCGAGGACCUGAGGUCGACCAGCACACUGAGGACCUGAGGACCCGAAGAUCCGAGGCCGACCAGCACACCGCGAACCCGGGGGACCCGGCGACGUGGGACUCGAGGCCGACCGGCACGCCGGGGGCUGAGGACCCCGAGGCUCGGCGCUUGGCGCUCGAGGUCGACCAGCACACCGGUGACCUGGGGCUUGGUGCUUGAGGUCGACUGGCACGCCGGGGGCUGGGGGACCCGGCACGCUGGGAGCCGGGGGCACGAUCACCUGAGCCCCGAGUCCCGAACCCCGGUUGCCUGAGUGCCCGGGACUCGAGGAGACCCGAGUUCUACCAG